CCUCCCAAGCCAAACCACCACGAGUUCAACGCCCGCGCCCGCGCCCGCGCCUCUCGCCCGCAACCGCAGCACCCAACGCACGCGGCCUUCGGCUUCGCAAGGGGGGUUCGAGGGGAGGUUUCGCGCUCGCGCUUGCUCGGCGAGGAGGACGACUAGCGUCGUCGUCGUCGUCGUCGUCGAAGGCGAUGGAUCGGUACCAGAGAGUGGAGAAGCCGCGGGAGGAGUCCCCCAUCGGCGCCAACGAGAUCCGCAUCACGGCGCAGGGCCGGCCCCGCAACUACAUCACCUACGCGCUCGCCUUGCUCCAGGACAACGCGGUGGAUGACAUUGUCAUCAAGGCUAUGGGAAGGGCGAUCAACAAGACAGUUGUCAUCGUGGAGCUUCUUAAGAGAAGGAUUGUUGGUCUCCAUCAGAAUACCUCUAUUGAAUCCAUUGACAUAACUGAUACUUGGGAGCCAUUGGAAGAAGGCCUUGUCACUCUGGAGACCACUCGCCAUGUGUCCUUGAUUACCAUUAAAUUGUCAAAGAAGGAGCUGGAUACAUCGUCUCCUGGUUACCAGACACCGAUACCAGCUGAUCAGGUCAGGCCAGCAGCUGAGUUCGAUCAGGAUGCAGAGGCCAUACCAAGUGGUCGUGGAAGAGGACGAGGUCGUAGGGGAAGAGGGUUCAGCAAUGGAGGAGUGGACUACAAUGAUGAGUUUGGAGAACCAGAGGAGGCUCCACGUGGAAAUCGUGGCAGAGGGAGGGGUCGGGGAAGGCGUGGAUCUUUUGGGCCUGGAAGGGGUUACGGUGGUGAUGCUUACCCGAUGGAAGAAGCUGGUGGAUAUGAUGAUGGAUAUAAUGCACCACCUAUGCAAGGAUAUGAAGGUGGCAGGGGCCGGGGUCGGGGCCGCGGGCGUGGUCGUGGGCGCGGAGGGCAAGGCCGGGGACCUCCUCCACAAGAGUAGACUGGCUGGGGCAUCAGCUCUGCAAUUCCAUGACCUUCAGCUUUUUAUCGUCCGUUGUAACAUUUUAUCUGGUUAGGUUUAUGCUCAAAGUUACAUAGUGACUCCAGUGUGGGGAUGAGGCUAGUUAUGAUUUUGUAGCUAGGUUAUUCGUCCAUUUGCCUUUUAUCUCAGACAUGGUGCUGUUCCAAUUGUGCAUUGUAGCAUUCUUAAACGUGUUAUCAUGAAAGCUAAGUUAGAAGAUUCUUUUACGUAGUUGCAAAUCACAGAGUGAAAACGUCAUUGUUAAAACCUUGUAUGCCAUCGUUUAGAAAUGCACUGUGAAUUCAUGAUUGUGAAA